UUUAAUGAAACAAGUUUUCCAUUUAAAUCUUUGUGGGUACAAUCUAUUGGUCCUCUUGAGUUUGUCCAACCCACAUCCAUUGCCUCGGCCCAACCUCCCAGGCCCACUUCACUAAUCCAUCAGCCCAACACUCUCUCUUCUAAUUCCCAAUCUACCACGAACUCUGAUUCCAACGAGUCUUCAUCACCUCUUCUCCUCACCCAAACACAGAACAUCAACCCCAAUUCACCGAUCGCACCGCCUCCCUCCGACCAACCUUCUCCCUCCACGACCCCGGCGACUACUUCGCCCUCUCUCCCACCGCCUCCCUCCGACAACACCGCCCCUUGCCGCAUAUCAUCGUGUGGUGAGUGCCGUGUGCGCUGUGUGUAGUAUAUAAAUAGAGGCCAAAUCUGCAAAACGCGUAGACGUUUCUCGAAACCCCAAAGUCAAAAGCCCUAUUCUUUCUUCCGACGCCGCCCUGAUCUCCGCCUCUCUCAUCUCUUUCAGAUUAGCUUGGAGUAGACUUACAGAUUUGGGCUGGACUUUGGUGUCUAUAGCUGUGAUCUUUCUGGAUAAGCAUUGUAUUGAUUACUACACCGAUGAAUACUACAUCCUUCAUGGACAAGCAGAUAAUGGACCUGUCACAUGGAUCGUCACAGAACAACAACGACUUCCUUGACCUGAUGAACAAUUCCCAAGAGGAAGAGCACCAGGUGGGCCGUGGAAAUGGGCUUACCAAGAAGGAAGAGAUCUUGCCCAACUAUGAUUUCCAUCCCAUCCGUCCCAUCACUGGAGUCUCCUCGCACUCCCAAAAUUUUGAUGCUACACCUAAUCUUGGAGGUGGAGGAGUAUCCACUAUGUCCAACUCCAACACCAAUGCUCCUGUCAGAAAUUAUGGUUCUGUGGAUUCCCUUAAACCAGCAAAAGAUAUUGUGGAGAAGGACCGAAAUGCUCCUGAUGCUACAGUUAUAUCAGAGAUUGACCAGACCAUGAAGAAGUAUGCUGAUAAUUUACUUCAAGUUAUGGAAGGUAUUAGUGCACGACUAACACAACUUGAGAGCAGAACCUGCCACCUUGAGAAUUCUGUGGAUGAUUUGAAGGUAUCUGUGGGAAACAAUCAUGGAAAUGCUGAUGGAAAGAUGAGACAAUUGGAGAAUAUCCUUAGAGAUGUGCAAACAGGUGUUCAGGAUUUGAAGGAUAAGCAAUCAAUAGUAGAGGCUCAGCUGCAGCUUGGGAAGAUACAGAUUUCCAAUCCCAAGGUAGAUCCUCAAUUGGAAUCUCGGAAUGCUUUGAAUGUGGAUUCUGGGCAGACAGUAGCCACUGCUCCUCAACAAUCUUACCAACAGCUUCCUGCUGUGAACGUUCCACCAUCAUUUCCUGCUGUCUCUCCACCAAAUGCUCCUCCACCGCCUACGCUUCAAAGCGUACCACCUUCAAUUCAGCAUCCAAAUCAGUACUCCCAGAGUCAGAUCCCUCCUGUUCCUCAGCGAGACCCCUAUUUCCCAGCUGCACCUGGUCAAACUCAAGAAACUCCAAAUCAGCAAUACCAAUUACCUGCAGGUCAGCAGUCACUCCCGCCUCCUACGGUACCUCCACAUCAACAAUUUCAGCCUACCAGUCAACCACAGUAUCCUCAGCCACCGCCCCAGCUUCCUCAACAGCACCAUUCACUUCCACCUGUUAAUCACUCUCAAGUCCAGCCUACCCUAGGCCACCAUGCUGAAGAAACUCCUUAUGCUCCUUCCCAGACUUACCCACCCAGUCUUCGCCAGCCACCUUCUCAGACACCUACUGGGCUCCCUCCCUCCCAACAAUACUAUAAUCCAACAUCCAAUGUAUAUGAACCACCAUCUAGCAGACCUAAUUCAGGGUUUUCCUCUGGGUAUGGCCCUCCAUCUGGGCUUAAUGAACCAUAUCAUUAUGGUGGAUCACCUUCACAAUAUGGUGGUACCUCCUCAAUGAAGCCACAACUCUCAUCUGCUACUUCUCAAAGUCAAAGUGGAGGAAGUGGUUACCCACAGCUCCCAACAGCUAGGGUAUUACCACAUGCAGUGCCUACCCCCUCUGGUGUAAGUGAUCGAUCAGGUUCUGCUGGGACUGGAAACAAGGUUCCUAUUGAUGAUGUCAUUGACAGAGUGACAAGCAUGGGCUUCCCAAGAGACCAUGUGAGGGCGACAGUUCGGAAGCUAACAGACAAUGGUCAGGCGGUUGACCUGAAUGUGGUGCUGGAUAAGCUGAUGAAUGAUGGGGAUGUCCAGCCACCUAGAGGUUGGUUUGGUCGGUAGUCGUGUGUGCUUGGUACCGAGUCUUCAGAUUGAUGUAUAGGAAGUAUCAACGUGUUUUUAAUUCUUUUUUCAACUGACAUAUGGAUUGAUAUUAGGAGAAGUAUCCUGUUCUCUGGCUUCAUUAUAUUUUCAUUAUAUUUCUAUAUUUGAGUUUUACAGUGCUUGCGCUUGGUUUUAACCUAUUUUAUUUUGGCUUUGCCGAGCUCUCCCGAUUUUCUUCUCAUUUGUGUAUUUACUCGUAAUAAUUGAAAGUGGAUUACAGUGGAUUACUGCAUCAUUUUUCUUC